AUGGCAGAUGAUGAUGAUGAUGAUGAUGGUGUCCUCCGCCGCUACUUCGAGGAGCCCCCCUACUCCCAGAGAGUCAAGUCCGAGGAGCAUGUGGAACUCAGGUGCCUACCUCCCGUCGGGAGACCUGAGCCUCAGACCACCUGGCUGAAGAAUGAGGCGCCUAUCGACCUCUCACAGCAGCCUAGCUUCAAAAUUUCGUCCGAAGGCUCCUUGUUGAUCCUAUCAGCCAGGGCUGAGGAUUCUGGGAACUAUUCCUGUGUCGCCGAGAACGUGGCCGGACGAAGGGUCUCCGACACCGCCACUUUAAAAGUCUACGUUGAUGGCGCCUGGUCUUCAUGGUCCACCUGGUCGUCCUGUAGCAACAGGUGUGGCAGGGGUAUCCAGCGAAGGACUCGAACUUGCUCGGCUCCUACGCCCCAGAACGGAGGAGCUGCCUGCCAGGGGAACGCCGUCCAGAAGGCUGAUUGCUCCCACAUGUGUCCAGCUGUCGACGGGGCCUGGUCCUCCUGGUCCUCCUGGUCGACCUGCGGACCCGAUUGCCGUCACCACCGUCAGCGCACCUGCUCGGACCCCGCCCCCCAGCACGGAGGGCGUUACUGUUCCGGAGAGGAUAUCGCAAGCAUCGCCUGCAGUGGAGGGAUGUGUCGGAAUGGAUCGUCUGUCCGGAUGUACGGAGACAGGAGCAUUACCGAGGAAGCAACAUCAGCAGCUGUACAGCAGGAUAUCACCCUGAUAGUGGUGUUGGCUAUACUGGUGCCCCUUGUACUCUUCCUGCUUGUGAUUAUCUUCAGGAAGUUCAGCAGGAAAGAGAGGCAGGGUGGUCCUAUGUACGAAAUUGCAGCGUCAGACUACCCGAAGCCCUUCUACCGCGACACGACCAAGAAGCUGAACGGAAUAGUGCCUGACCUGACCCAGAACGUGGGCAUGGCGCCCUUACCCAUCACUGCCACGCACCCCCUGUGCUACGACCACCCUUACAGCGACCCGACGUCGGUGUCGAGCGGCCACAAGUCGAACAUGGCUCUCGUGGAUUCCAUUCACGAGGAGCAUUACUCCUCCCCCGCCAGCGGAGGUGGCGCUUCGGGUAGCGUCACCUCGUCCUCGGAGCAUCACUACGACGUGCCUCACGUCUGGGGACCUCACUCGCAGGAUUCCCCGACGCCCUCGGAUGGCGUGCACUCGAAGCUGUCGCGGACGGUCACGCCCCCUACGCUGGACGGGAGCGUUGGGAGCCGAGGACUUGUCGAGUUUCCUGGGUCUUCGCUGGACAGCAGACAGAAGAGCAACUCGUGCGCUUCCUUGUCCUUGGAUGAGUCGUCCACUACCUGUUCAGACGCCACCCGCGACGGCCAGCAGCAGAUCCCGUCGGGCGUCCCUACAGGAGACGGAACGGCCUGGGGCGUGAUGACUGCCUCCGGCGGGCGGCUGGUCGUGUCCGAGUAUGGAGUGGUGCUCACCAUACCCGCCGGGGCAUUGCCGCCGGAGGCCCGGCAACCCGUUUACGUCACUGUCACCCCCCACCCUCACCACGCACCCCGCCUGACGGAUAGACAGACGCUGCUGAGUCCCGUGGUGACCUGCGGCCCCUCGAACGUGUCCCUGCUGAAGCCCGCUGUCCUGUCCUUCGACCACUGCGCUUCCUUGCAGCACGCUACCUGGCAGCUGCACAUGUUCGCCACAUCGACGCCCUCCUCGUCGCCGCCACAUCACACGAAUUCCCUGUCCUCCUCCUCCAGCAGCAGCGAGGAGCCGUGGUACCGGCUCAUUACCCUCGGAGAGGAGAGGAUAGACACGCCCAUCUUCACGCAACUCGACGGGGCGCAGGUACACAUGAUGACAGAGGAGCUCCAGCAGUUCGUUCUGGUAGGGGAGAGCGCUGGAUCCAACUCAGCCGUCAAGCAACUGAAGGUCGUAGCUGCUGCUCCUCCACCCACAAACUCAGGCGUCUUGACUGUCACUCUCCACAUCAUCCAGGACACUAUGGCAGAAUUAACAAGUAUAAUUAAGAAAGAGCGGAGACGUGGGGCUUCCUUACUGGACAAACCAAAGACACUGUUACUGCAAGACUGUGGUGCAAACUUAUGUUUGACAUUAGAUGAUCUUGGGCCAGGAUGGAGAAUUCCACCUCCUUUCCAUUACCAGGAAAUCUCUUUCGAACGCUUAUGGGGGUCUUCGAAUGAAGCCGUCAGUGCAGCUUUUACUUUAGGCCGAACUGAGGGCACUUCAGCCCCUCUCUCAUGUCGCCUGUUAGCUCAACAGAAAGGUUCUUCAACACACAGGCAGAUUCUCCGUAUCAAUUCGGACUUCCCUUACGCCCCAGUAACUGCAUCCCCAGCUCACAUUGCACCAAGGACUUCAACAGUAACUUCUAGUAGUGGAUGUUCCUCUCUGGUUACCCUGACUCCCGAACCAGAAGCUUUCAGGCUACCUCAGAGACUGCGGCAAGAGCUGUGCCGUUGCCUAGACCCACCCAAUGCCCGAGGCAACGACUGGCGGUUACUGGCAGCCAGAUUGAAUGUUGACAGGUACUUAAAUUACUUUGCCUGCAAGCCGAGCCCCACUGAACACAUCCUUGACUUAUGGGAAGCGAGACACAGAGAACCAAACGCACUGACCGACCUUCUGAAUAUUCUGCGGGUUAUGGGCCGUCCAGAUGCAGCCCAUGUUCUGGAAACUCACUCGGGGGCCUGGAUAUGAGCCGCAGUUGGAUCCUGAAGGAUCUGAGUUCCUGUGAACUGAGAAAUGUAGUACCGCUUUCACGUUCACAGACCGGGUUGAAGGCACGGUGGUGUUAUUGACAGCUUUUAUUGUAUGAGAGUGAUUCUUUGCAAAAGUACUGUUUUGUCAGUGUGUUGUUAAAAGAACUGCCUUGAAUCAGUCCAAGAAGUGUAAUGGAAUGUGUUGUAACUGUACUUUACUUUGUUUGUGUAAUAGUGAAAAAAUGUGAAACACGA